AUGGGUACUGGAGAAAGUGGAAAAACCACUUUCAUCCGGCAGAUGAGGAUCAUCCACGGACGAGGCUUCUCAGAGGAGGAGAGGAGGAGUUUUGCCAAAUGCAUCUUCCAGAACAUCCUCACAGCCAUGAAGGCCAUGACGGGGGCCAUGACCGCGCUCAAAAUCCCCUACUUCAACCCAGGGAACGAGAUUUACGGGAAGUGGCUGCAUGACAUAAACACGGUGCAGAUCAGCCACCUGGAGCGCGGCUACGUGGACGCCAUCCGCCGCCUCUGGGCAGACUCGGGGGUGCGGGUGUGUUACAGCCGACGCUGCGAGUACCAGCUCCUGGACUCCACUGAGUACUACAUGAAUAACCUGGACCGCAUCUCCGCCCCGGACUACAUCCCCACGGAGCAGGACGUGCUGCGGGUUCGAUUCCCCACCACGGGCAUCCACGACUACUCCUUCACCAUCAAGACCAUCACGCUAAGGAUCGUGGAUGUUGGCGGUCAGAAGUCGGAGCGCAGGAAGUGGAUCCACUGUUUUGAAAACGUCACCUCGCUCAUCUUCCUGGCGUCGCUCAGCGAGUACGACCAGGUCCUGGAGGAGAGAGAGACCAUCAACCGAAUGCACGAGAGUCUGGCUCUCUUCUACACCACCAUCCACUCUCCUUGGUUCUUCAACACCUCCAUCAUCCUCUUCCUCAACAAGACUGACAUCCUGGCUGACAAAAUUAUGACCUCUGACCUGCAGAAAUAUUUCCCCAGCUUCGCAGGUAAACACUGGGAGCCAGAUCCAGCAUCCUCCGAGUCACAAA